CUUUACAAAUCCGGGGGGACCAGAAGGGUGAGACAAGGUCAAGAGAGGGAUCUACGAGAUUUCCGAGGUGAGUCGGGAGGUCUUCAGUCGUGGCUUGUACUUGGCCUUCGGGGUCAGGAAACUCGUCCGGGAGUGAGUGAUCCCAUUUUCCACCGUGGAUAAAUAUUUUUCUCCUCGGAAUAUUCGAUUUUGCAACUUGUGGCCCGAAAUUUAGGGCAAGGAGGUUUAGUUUAGUACUUGAAUGGCCCUACAAUUCCCAAAAUUAUAAUAUACGUUAAUCUGAAAACAGAACACGCAUCUCCAACCAAUCAUCGUUAUCAUCAUCAUCCAUGGCGGACGAAAAGAGCGCCGAGGUUUCAAAACUAUCGACCCAAAUCUGCAACCAGAUCGCCUCCGUCUUCUCCAAGCCCACUCACCCACACCCUCCCCCGCUCGACCUCCUCGCGACGGAGAUCGCCUCCGUCUCCCGCCUCGGCCGCAUCUUCCUCUACGGCGUCGGCCGCGAGGGCCUCAUGCUCAGGGCCUUCUGCAUGCGCCUCUUCCACCUCGGCCUCUCCUCCCACCUCGUCUUCGACAUGACCACCCCUCCGAUCUCCUCCGCCGACCUCCUCAUCGCCUCCGCCGGCCCCGGCGGAUUCUCCACCGUCGACGCCAUCUGCUCCGUGGCCAGAUCCGCCGGCGCUAGGGUUCUGCUCCUCACCGCUCAGCCGGAGACCGGGUUCUCCGUGAGGCACGCGACGGCGGUGUGCUACAUCCCGGCUCAGACCAUGGCGGACGACGGCGGAGAUGCGGCGGAGAGGCCGUUGCUCCCGAUGGGGAGUGUGUACGAAGGGGCGAUGUUCGUGUUGUUCGAGAUGGUGAUUUACAAGCUGGGGGAGAUUUUGGGUGAGAGCCCCGAUGCCGUUCGAUCUCGCCACACCAAUCUCGAGUGACUACGUGCUGUUUCUGCGUUUUGGUCGAAAACUGCGCCCUGUUUUUCUUCUUUCUUUCUUUUAUUUGCGAAUUGCGACGGUAAUCACUGCAUCAGUGCACGCAUCUGCGUAGCCACCCCAUACUAACUGUGUUGCUCUCGUUACACGUAAGGACACCGUGCCGUUUGACGUUUCCAUA